UACAGCAUAAUGCCAGUGGCGAGACCGCAAAUACGACCGCCCUUAAUCUUACUGCGCGCCAUCUAGUACUAAAACGACGCAGCCAAUGAUCGGGGGGAAAUGGUCUGUAGGGGCGCUCUUGGCGCAGCCAUGUUCCUAACGUCAGUCACUGUCUGUACAGGUUAUAUCUACAUGUUUGUUUGCCAGGGACAUGCACGUGGUAGGGAACUACAUACGCGUGUACAAUUAGGCAAUCCUUGCAGGGGAUAUGUGCAUCCUCCGCAUCCAUUCUGUUAUGAAGGCCGCUUUGUCCACGCCGGACAGGGCGGGACCCCCCCAAACGGGCAGGCGGGAGAGCGCUCAGAGGAAAGACCAAACGGUCGCUCGCAAUGUCCCUUGAUUCUCUACUGCCACAAACUAGGCCUGAUACAGCAGAUCGCUGGAGCUUUGCCCGGCCGUUCGUAAGGGGCGGCUGAGCGAAUGAUCAAAGCUUCGUCUUGGUAACCCCCACUUUACGCUCGACGAUGGAGUAAAGAUCACCCAAAUCAGCCUCGCCCGCUGCCAUUCAGCCUCAACCCAUCCCAACUCCCUCAUAAAUUACUACGCUAAAAAUAAGCAUUGG